GCCGUUUGUAUCGUGUCCAGUCAUGUUCAAUACCUGGAGGAGAGCAGGACCGAAUACGCCCGCGGGCCAAUGAUAUGACCCGAGGCUUCCCCGGUUGAUAGCAACGAGCACUCCGCCGACUCCCGGCUCCUUCCCGACCUCCCCGCUGGACUGUCACAGUCUGACACAUGCAGGUCCUGAAACUCCGACUACCCUUUACAUUAUGUAGCGAAAGCGAAGGAGGUUUUGACUGAAGGACUGCACGAUGUUCCCGCGCUCUUCGAGAUAGAGGAUUGCGCUGGAUCAAAGCCAGGAGUCGAUCAGUUCAGAUCAGACGCUUUCGGACACCUCUGCUUCUGGCAUGAUGCUUUUCACUUCUGGAACAACCACAAAUCCCAAAGGUCUGAGGCCAUCUUGACCGCACAAGCGAAGAGUCUGAUGACCGCAUGGCAGUAUAGGCCAUGUGACCGCCUCUUGCACGUCCCACCCCUUCAUCACAUCCACGGCACAGUCAACGCAAUCCUCACACCAUUACUCGCUGGCAGUAGUAUCGAGUUCAUGUAUCCCUGCAAGGUCGAUGAAGUUUGGAGGCACUUUGCAGCUCAUUCCAUUGGUCCAGAUGGUGCUUGUGGCAACACUAGGGAAGUCUAUGAUAUAGGAUGUCGAGACACAAGACUACCAAUCACGUUCUUCAAUGCUGUGCCCACUAUAUGGUCUCGCAUGUUGGAAUCCUAUACCUUGCUGUCAGGGCUGCGGGCGCCCGCAAAAGAAGCCAUCUCUAGUAGGCAUCUUCGGCUCAACAUAUCUGGCUCGGCAGCAUUGCCCAAGUCUAUUCGUGACGGCUGGACGUGAUUACGCUUCUUGAGACGAGUACCCACGAACACCCCCUUUAAACGCAAGACAGCCUCUAUCUGCGAGGCUGCUCCCAACACAUUUUCUUCCUCG